AAUGUAUGCUUACCGUUCACACUUAACAUGCAAUGCAAUUUGUGUCAACAAUACAGGAAGUUGAGGGUAGCAGUGAAAAGGAAGCUAAAACUCUGCUUCCUUCAAAAGAGAAACAUAGGCAACUAAAAGUGUUCAGCUGUGUGCUCUGCUAAAACCCCCAAGACUGCAAAGUACAUGGAUUCUUGAAUCACCAGAAGCCAUGUCAGGCAGAAGAUCCAAGAAGAACCAGAGACUUGGUUCAUCUCGACGAGGUCCUAAAGGUCUUAAAAAUAUUGAGCAAGAUAAAGAUGAUGAUGAUGAUGGGCUUCAGCAGAUUGCAGAGAGUGGUGAUGGACAAAAUGAAUUUCACACCACCACUGAUUACCAUUCAGCCCAGUUUAAUCAUCCACCAAGUCAACAAACCUCUGUGUUAGAAUGUCCUCCACAUGCAAGCAGUCAAAAGGAUUCACUUAUGCAGACUGAACUGCCAGAACGGAAAAGAAAAAUGGGAUCAACUCGCAAGAGUCCUGGUGGGUUUAAAGUUGAGAGAAAGCUUGAUGAGGUGAGGAGCACUGAAGAGUUAGAUGAAUAUUUGACUCAACCAAACACAUCAGCCACUAAAGAACAACAUUCAUCUCUCACAGAAGACGAACAAUCAAGGUCAUCAAGUUUUCCUUCUAAUUUAUCCCUUCAGACUGAAAGUUCUGGGUUGGUAGGGGAGCCUCAGGCAACUUUUGUGGUUGUGGUUCCAGAAAAUGAAGAAAAAGAUGCAAUACACCAUCAAGAAAUAACCUCUCAUUCUUAUGAGGUAGUAAAUGAUAUGCCUAUAGACAAGACAGUGGGGGGAUCUGUCCAUUUUAGUGCUGAUACAGUAGGUGAAAGUGAUUUGUUGCGGGAGGAUUCAGUCAUGUUUAAUGAACUAAAGGCAUUGAGUCACCAAGAAACCCCUUUAGCCAGCACCUCUGGACAAAAAAGAAGGAUGGGAUCAACCCGCAGGCCUCUCGGAGGGAAAAACUGUGAAAAUGUAGGUGUGCAAGAACAUUCGAGAAGCAUGACAGAGAAUGAAAGAAAAGCAGAAGUCAUAGAUGAAGCAAAGUUUAGCACGUCAGAAGAGAUGGCGCAAAUGUGGGAUGGUGUGGCAAGAGAUGAUCCAUCAUCCCACACAGAAUCAUCUUUGGUUUCAAAUCCAUCUCUAUUGGCUGAGCUAAAAGAGCCUGAUGCUUCAGCUGGAACUGAAACUAUGAAUCAAUCAGUUGUUUUUCCCCUUGUUGAUCCAGAAAAGCCCCUACCUGAAACAUCUAGCCACCAUGGUACUCCAUUACUCAACAAGGGAUUGGAUUUUAAGUUUGGUUCAUACACUGAGGAUUUUGAUGUUCUAAACAAAGUUUUGGAAGAAGCAGGAAGUCAUUUUAGUGAUAACAACCAACAUGUGCCUGAUACAAGAAAAGAUACAAACACAUCUCACGACUGCAGAGAUGUAAACACAGUAGAAGCCAAGGAGGAGGUUCUAAAGCAGAAAGAGGAACCAUCUAGAAACAAUAAAACAAGUAGUUUAUCACCAAGACAGGAUGCUCAAUUAGAGGAACUUGUAUUAAAUUGUGAGGAAUCUCCUUCACUAAGCCAACAUAAUAACUUCGAUUGUUCAACUGCUCAACUCAAAGAGGGAGGAAAUCAAGGUGUGCCUGCAUCUAAUAUUAGCCAUGCUGAACCCACAGCAACCAGUUCACCACAUGAGAUGAGUGAUGCUGUUAAAGAAAGCCAAGAGAUUUAUAUGGAAAAGAAACAUGAACAUAAUGUUUGUAAAGUUGUUUCAAUAACAUGUGAUACUCUGACUGAUUUAGAGUGUGUUGAUGAAGAUGAAAGAGGAUCUGAAACUGACAAUGGAUUUAAAAUGACAGACCAGAGUGAUGCAAGAGAUCACAGUGUAACAAAAAUAAUAAUGGAAGUAAGAGAUAAUAAAGAAGACGCAGGAACAAGCACUGAGACAGUAUGGAUUUCACAUCAGGAACCAUGUGAAGUUUCAACUGAAAAAGAGGAGUUACAUAGAGAACAAGAAUACUCAUCAACUAUAUCUCAAACACAAAGUGGUCCAUCACAAGAUAAUGCUGGGAAGAUGCUAGAAAAUGAGGAGGCUAGAGAAGACAAAGGAGACACUGAGAAUACUGUAAUUUAUGAUGUGACCUCAAAGUCAGAGGAAAUGCUUAGUUUUGAAGACUCAGCAACAAAGACAGGAUCUCAUGCACACCAACAACAGUUUAUGCAAUCUCCUGAAAAAGAAGGUUAUGAUUUAAGUGAAAGUGGGUUUGAAGAAAGUGAAAAAGAAGGAAUAUUUUUCAGUCCAGAAUCAGAGAAUAUGGCUUUUGACAGAAGUGAUGGAAGAAGUGAAGAAACAAAAGGAAUUGAGGGGAUGGAUGCAACAGUCCUUAUAUUAGAUGUGGAAAAACCUCUAACCAGUGUUAACACAGCAUGUAAUGAUAGAUCAGAUUUUCAAACAGAAAAUACAGAGCAAAACAGAGUAUUAACAGAAGAGCAAAAUUAUACAUCCCCUGAUUCAAACCUGGAAGCAUUUCAAGUAUCCGAUAACGUUUCUACUGUGAUUGAUUCCAGUCUCCUUUUGGAGACAGACACCAUUGUUGAGGAAAGUUAUUUUAGCUCUGUCGUUCCUGAAGAUUCUCAAGAUUCUUACAAGCUCACAAUCUUUCAUUCAGAGACCCAGGGAAAUGAAGGAGAUGCUGAAAUAGUGUCAGUAGGGGGAGACAAAGACUUAGAAAUUCAAACACAGAACAAAGCUUUUUACUCAUCAACCAGUGAAGCUGCAGGAACAAAAGAGAACAUCCAUGAUGUUAGUGUUUUAGUUAGAGAAUUUGACAUUAAUGAAGAUACAGUAACAGUGGAGAGUAACAGGACUACUGAAUCAGAUUUUCUUCAAACUUCUGAUGACGCACUGAAAUUAUCUGAAAAUCCUGAGAAUGAGGUUUUAAGUGACAUCAUCUUCGUUUCUGAAUGUUCUCAGAGAGAGGAGGUACAUGCAAAAUUGAGUCCAGUUAUAAAGAGAAAAAUGGGCUCAACUCGAAGACCUCUCAGAGGAGAUUCAGGGCAAAGAAAGGGAAGAGAAUAUCUUGAUGAAAAUGAGACAUUUGACAGUGAAAGUAUGAUCAAUGUAGAGAAAGAAACAUUCAGUUUGGAGGAUGAACCCAGUCCAGAUGAAUCUUCAUUACAAAUCUCAAAAGAUGGAGCUAAAGAACAGAAGGUGGAAAUAUGUGAGAAGAAUGAUGUUGGUCCUGUUGAAGGGUCUGAAUCUGAUCUCAUGCAGUCAUCAUUUAGUUUAGAUUUAGUGUCUGAAGAAUCCACUGCAGUAACUGUCUGUCACAUCACAGAAUCACAAACCCUCACAAAAAUUAAUGAAGAGUCCCAGAAAAAUACUGGAGAUGCUGAAAGAGUGCCAGCAGAGGGAGACGCAGAAUCACACUCAGAAAUUCAAACAGAAAACAAAAUGAGCGACAUAACAUCUGAAGCAGAAAGAACAGAAGAAAACAUCUGUGAAGCAACAGUUUUAGUCAAAGAAGUCCAGUUUAUUGUAGAUACAGUUACAGUGGAGAGUAAUAUGACUACUGAGUCUGAAUUGCUUCAAAAUGAUACUUUCACUGAUGCAAAACUGGAAGCAUUGAAAGCAUCUGAAAAUACUGAGAAUGUUUCUUCUGUGACUGAUACUGGUCUUGUUGUGCAUGAUGCCACUGAAGCAUCAAGAGAGACAGACACAAUUCCUGAUCAAAGUGACACCAACGUCUUUCCUGAAGAUUCACACAGAGAGGAGGAACACUCAAAAUCGAGUCCAAUUGUUCACAAGCGAAAAAUGGGCUCAACUCGAAGACCUCUCAAAGGGAAUAAAGGAAAGGAAAGAAAAUAUCAUGAUGAAAAUGAGACACUUGACAGUGAAGCUAUGAUCAAUGUAGAGAAAGAAACAUUCAGUUUGGUGUAUGAACCCAGUCCAGGUGAAUCUACGUUGCAAAUCUCAAAAGAUGAAGCUAAAGAACAGGAAGUGGAAAUAUGUGAGAAGAAUGAUGUUGGUCCUGUUGAAGGGUCUGAAUCUGCUCUCAUGCAGUCAUCAUUUAGUUUAGAUUUAGUGUCUGAAGAAUCCACUGCAGUAACUGUCUGUCACAUCACAGAAUCACAAACCCUCACAAAAAUUAAUGAAGAGUCCCAGGAAAAUACUGGAGAUGCUGAAAGAGUGCCAGCAGAGGGAGACACACAAUCACGCCCAGAAAUUCAAACAGAAAACAAAAUGAGCGACUUAACAACAUCUGAGGCAGAAAGAACAGAAGAAAACAUCUGUGAAGCAACAGUUUUAGUCGGAGAAGUCCAGUUUAUUGUAGAUACAGUUACAGUGGAGAGUAAAAUGACUAUUGAGUCUGAAUUGCUUCAAAAUGAUACUUUCACUGAUGCAAAACUGGAAGCAUUGAAAGCAUCUGAAAAUACUGAGAAUGUUUCUUCUGUGACUGAUACUGGUCUUGUUGUGCAUGAUGCCACUGAAGCAUCAAGAGAGACAGACACAAUUCCUGAUCAAAGUGACACCAACAUCUUUCCUGAAGAUUCACACAGAGAGGAGGCACACUCAAAAUCGAGUCCAAUUGUUCACAAGCGAAAAAUGGGUUCAACUCGAAGGCCUCUCAAAGGGAAUAAAGGAAAGGAAAGAAAAUAUCAUGAUGAAAAUGAGACACUUGACAGUGAGAGUAUGAUAAAUGUAGAGAAAGAAACAUUCAGUUUGGAGGAUCAACCCAGUCCAGAUGAAUCUUCAUUACAAAUCUCAAAAGAUGGAGCUAAAGAACAGGAGGUGGAAAUAUGUGAGAAGAUUGAUGUUGGUCCUGCUGAAGGGUCUGAAUCUGAUCUCAUGCAGUCAUCAUUUAGUUUAGAUUUAGUGUCUGAAGAAUCCACUGCAGUAACUGUCUGUCACAUCACAGAAUCACAAACCCUCACAAAAAUUAAUGAAGAGUCCCAGGAAAAUACUGGAGAUGCUGAAAGAGUGCCAGCAGAGGGAGACACAGAAUCACACUCAGAAAUUCAAACAGAAAACAAAAUGAGCGACUUAACAUCUGAAGCAGAAAGAACAGAAGAAAACAUCUGUGAAGCUACAGUUUUAGUCAAAGAAGUCCAGUUUAUUGUAGAUACAGUUACAGUGGAGAGUAAUAUGACUACUGAGUCUGAAUUGCUUCAAAAUGAUACUUUCACUGAUGCAAAACUGGAAGCAUUGAAAGCAUCUGAAAAUACUGAGAAUGUUUCUUCUGUGACUGAUACUGGUCUUGUUGUGCAUGAUGCCACUGAAGCAUCAAGAGAGACAGACACAAUUCCUGAUCAAAGUGACACCAACAUCUUUCCUGAAGAUUCACACAGAGAGGAGGCACACUCAAAAUCGAGUCCAAUUGUUCACAAGCGAAAAAUGGGUUCAACUCGAAGGCCUCUCAAAGGGAAUAAAGGAAAGGAAAGAAAAUAUCAUGAUGAAAAUGAGACACUUGACAGUGAGAGUAUGAUAAAUGUAGAGAAAGAAACAUUCAGUUUGGAGGAUCAACCCAGUCCAGAUGAAUCUUCAUUACAAAUCUCAAAAGAUGGAGCUAAAGAACAGGAGGUGGAAAUAUGUGAGAAGAUUGAUGUUGGUCCUGCUGAAGGGUCUGAAUCUGAUCUCAUGCAGUCAUCAUUUAGUUUAGAUUUAGUGUCUGAAGAAUCCACUGCAGUAACUGUCUGUCACAUCACAGAAUCACAAACCCUCACAAAAAUUAAUGAAGAGUCCCAGGAAAAUACUGGAGAUGCUGAAAGAGUGCCAGCAGAGGGAGACACAGAAUCACACCCAGAAAUUCAAACAGAAAACAAAAUGAGCGACUUAACAUCUGAAGCAGAAAGAACAGAAGAAAACAUCUGUGAAGCUACAGUUUUAGUCAAAGAAGUCCAGUUUAUUGUAGAUACAGUUACAGUGGAGAGUAAUAUGACUACUGAGUCUGAAUUGCUUCAAAAUGAUACUUUCACUGAUGCAAAACUGGAAGCAUUGAAAGCAUCUGAAAAUACUGAGAAUGUUUCUUCUGUGACUGAUACUGGUCUUGUUGUGCAUGAUGCCACUGAAGCAUCAAGAGAGACAGAUGCAAUUCCUGAUCAAAGUGACACCAACAUCUUUCCUGAAGAUUCACACAGAGAGGAGGCACACUCAAAAUCGAGUCCAAUUGUUUACAAGCGAAAAAUGGGUUCAACUCGAAGGCCUCUCAAAGGGAAUAAAGGAAAGGAAAGAAAAUAUCAUGAUGAAAAUGAGACACUUGACAGUGAAGCUAUGAUCAAUGUAGAGAAAGAAACAUUCAGUUUGGUGUAUGAACCCAGUCCAGGUGAAUCUACGUUGCAAAUCUCAAAAGAUGAAGCUAAAGAACAGGAGGUGGAAAUAUGCGAGAAGAAUGAUGUUGGUCCUGCUGAAGGGUCUGAAUCUGCUCUCAUGCAGUCAUCAUUUAGUUUAGAUUUAGUGUCUGAAGAAUCCACUGCAGUAACUGUCUGUCACAUCACAGAAUCACAAACCCUCACAAAAAUUAAUGAAGAGUCCCAGGAAAAUAUUGGAGAUGCUGAAAGAGUGCCAGCAGAGGGAGACACAGAAUCACACUCAGAAAUUCAAACAGAAAACAAAAUGAGUGACUUAACAACAUCUGAAGCAGAAAGAACAGAAGAGGUCUCUCAUGAUGCUACUGUUUCAGUGAGAGAAGAUGACAGUAUUGGAAAUAAAGAUACAGUGGAGAGUGAUAUGACUUCUGUGUCAGUUUUUCUUCAAAGUUCUCCUGAUUUAAAUGUGGAAGCAUUGAAAGUGUCUAAAAAUGCUGAGAAAGAAGUUUCAGGAGAAACAGAAACAAUUCUCAAGAAAAGUGACAUCAACACCAUUCAUGAAGAUUCUCACAGAGAGGAGGCACACUCAAAAUCGAGUCCAGUUGUUCACAAGCGAAAAAUGGGCUCUACACGAAGACCUCUCAGAGGAGAUACAGGGCAAAGAAAAAGAAGAGAAUAUCAUGAUGAAAAUGAGACACAUGAUAGUGAAAGUAUGAUUAAUGUAGAGAAAGAAACAUUCAGUUUGGUGUAUGAACCCAGUCCAGGUGAAUCUACGUUGCAAAUCUCAAAAGAUGAAGCUAAAGAACAGAAGGUGGAAAUAUGUGAGAAGAAUGAUGUUGGUCCUGUUGAAGGGUCUGAAUCUGAUCUCAUGCAGUCAUCAUUUAGUUUAGAUUUAGUGUCUGAAGAAUCCACUGCAGUAACUGUCUGUCACAUCACAGAAUCACAAACCCUCACAAAAAUUAAUGAAGAGUCCCAGGAAAAUACUGGAGAUGCUGAAAGAGUGCCAGCAGAGGGAGACGCAGAAUCACACUCAGAAAUUCAAACAGAAAACAAAAUGAGCGACAUAACAACAUCUGAAGCAGAAAGAACAGAAGAAAACAUCUGUGAAGCAACAGUUUUAGUCAGAGAAGUCCAGUUUAUUGUAGAUACAGUUACAGUGGAGAGUAAUAUGACUACUGAGUCUGAAUUGCUUCAAAAUGAUACUUUCACUGAUGCAAAACUGGAAGCAUUGAAAGCAUCUGAAAAUACUGAGAAUGUUUCUUCUGUGACUGAUACUGGUCUUGUUGUGCAUGAUGCCACUGAAGCAUCAAGAGAGACAGAUACAAUUUCUGAUCAAAGUGACACCAACAUCUUUCCUGAAGAUUCACACAGAGAGGAGGAACACUCAAAAUCGAGUCCAAUUGUUCACAAGCGAAAAAUGGGUUCAACUCGAAGGCCUCUCAAAGGGAAUAAAGGAAAGGAAAGAAAAUAUCAUGAUGAAAAUGAGACGCUUGACAGUGAAGCUAUGAUCAAUGUGGAGAAAGAAACAUUCAGUUUGGUGUAUGAACCCAGUCCAGAUGAAAUUACAUCACAAAGGUCAAAAGAUGAAGCUAAAGAACAGGAGGAAAUAUGUGAGAAGAUUGAUGUUGGUCCUGCUGAAGGGUCUGAAUCUGCUCUCAUGCAGUCAUCAUUUAGUUUAGAUUUAGUGUCUGAAGAAUCCACUGCAGUAACUGUCUGUCACAUCACAGAAUCACAGACCCUCACAAAAAUUAAUGAAGAGUCCCAGGAAAAUACUGGAGAUGCUGAAAGAGUGCCAGCAGAGGGAGACACACAAUCACACUCAGAAAUUGAAACAGAAAACAAAAUGAGUGACUUAACAUCUGAAGCAGAAAGAACAGAAGAGAUCUCUCAUGAUGCUAGUGUUUCAGUGAGAGAAGAUGACAGUAUUGGAAAUAAAGAUACAGUGGAGAGUGAUAUGACUUCUGAGUCAGUUUUUCUUCAAAGUUCUCCUGAUUUAAAUGUGGAAGCAUUGAAAGUGUCUAAAAAUGCAGAUAAAGAAGUUUCAGGAGAAACAGAAACAAUUCUCAAGCAAAGUGACAUCAACACCAUUCAUGAAGAUUCUCACAGAGAGGAGGCACACUCAAAAUCGAGUCCAGUUGUUCACAAGCGAAAAAUGGGCUCAACUCGAAGACCUCUCAGUGGGAACAAAGGACAAAGAAAAGUGAGAGUAGAAGUGUCAGGACAAGAAGACACAGAAACGCUCUCAGAAAUUCAAGACCAAUUUAAUGUAUUUGAUCACAAUGUGACACAAGAAAUUAUGAAAAUAAGAGACGAUGAAGAUGAGGAGAGAAUGACCACAAAGCCAGUGGGUAUGUCAGUGCAGCUAUGUGAUGAUUUAAAACAAGAGCAAAGAUCAGAUGUAUCUCAAACACAAACUGGUCCAUCACAAGAUGAUACUGGCUCACAUUUAUUAGAGGUCCCAGAGAGAGCUGAAGAUUUUGUUAGCGACAGCCUUACAAGUCAUUCUGAUCUUGUCUUGUCUCUUAUGGAGGAGACUCAAAUUCAUGUGUCAUCUGAGGAUGUCAUGAGUGACACUUUUGUACCUUCAACAGAGGUAGUUGAAAUGCAUUCAGUCUCCAACAGAUCUUUGCAGAAGAGAAAAAUGGGGUCAACUCGGAAGAGAGGGAAGAGGAUGGUAAAUGAAGAGGAGGUUGAGGAAGAGAAAGAGGGAGAAGCUGAAAAUACAACAAUUGAUGAUGGGACCACAAAGUCUGAGGAGAAAUUGACUCUUGAAGAAGCCAUUACAGGAUCUCCUGUACAUCAGCAAGUGUUUAGUUCAUCUGCUGGUAAAGAAGGCCUUGACAUUCAGGAAGUGGCUAGUAAAUCAGAUGUGCAGACAGAAAACUCAGAAGAAAUUGAUCAAAACCAAGCUGCUGAGAUGGCUUCAGACCUUCCUUUGGGAGAUGUUGAGACAUACUCAGUUCCUGAACAAAGUGAAAUCAUAAGCAUCAUUUCUGAAGAGUCUCAAAGAAAAGAUGUACAAUCAAACACGAUUCCAGUUGUUCAAAAACGAAAAAUGGGGUCAACACGCAAGACACUCAGAGGGAACAAAGGGCAGAGAAGAGAAGAAGAAUCCAAAAAGAUGUAUGGAGAGAGUAAAGGAAUGACAAAGGAGCAGGAUACAGACCCACAUUUAGCAACCAGUGAAGGAGAAAAUAAAUUGGAUGAAGACGUUGAACAAAACUUUCCUGUUGAAUUUUCUCAUCAAGCAGCUAUUUCGAACAUGUUUUCUGAAUCAGAAGAUGCAGUGAAGGAAGUUUCUCUCAAUAUCCAUGACCCAUCUGAUGUGAGUGAGGAAAAGGGCAUAGAGAAUACUGAAAAUGACAGUAAUAGUCUGAAUGAGGCAAUCGAUCUCUAUGAGGGGACAACGGACAAGUUUGUCUUGACAGUCAGUCGCGAAGAUGUUCAUCAUUACCUUGAUCAGCAUGUUCAUGGAGCAUCAGAGCCUGAACAAACUGAAACCAUGUGCCAUGCUAUUCCCACACAAGAACUAAAAAUCACUCAAGAUGAUGUUGUUCAUGAAAACAGCUCUCAAAAAAUACCUUCCACCCAUGAAAAGAAGCGAAAGAUGGGCUCCACCCGAAGAAAACCUCGAGAAAACAUGGGUGACCAGGAAGAUAUACUUGAUAUGGCAAUGGAUAGAGAAACUAAAAAAGCAGAGGAUGAUUUGGAUGAUAUGCCUUUAGCAUCAAGCAUUAGUCAGCCCAAGGAGAUGUCCUCAGAAGCUGUGAGCACCACAGAUUUUGAAUCUGAAAUGUUAGUUGGUGCAACUGAUUUAAAAGAAGGUGAAAAUUAUCAGAAUAAUUCUGACCACAGUGAACCAACUGGACCUGAAACACCUGAAAAUACUCUUCAAAUAUGUGAAAAUCAGUUAGUAAAUGUUGAUGUUACCAAACAUCUACAGCCAGAGACUGUUACAAUUGAGAAAAGAAGGAAGAUGGGCUCGACUCGGAAGAAUCUCAGAGAAGGAAGAAUACGGGGGAAGAGAGAUGCAUAUGAGGACAUGGAAACUGCAGACACACAUCUGCAGAUAUCUCAGGACUCUGAAAUGAGCUUAGUAGGAAAAGCUGUAGGAGAACAAACAAUUCAAGAUUACUCUAAUCAGUCAGAGGAUUCACUUCUUAGUGAGAUAGAGAGAGCUUUAAAUAAGACUUCUCAAAGUUCAUCGAAUUAUGAAUUGAUUGUCAAUCAGCCAAACUCAGGUGACUUAGCGAAUAUUCCUGAUCUCAAUAAGCUAGAAAACCUUGAAAUCAAAUCAAAACCAUCACAGAGCUCCAAAACUCACAGUGAACCCAACUCACCAGAAAGACGAAGAAGAAAAAUGGGUUCAACUCGCAAGAAUCCCAGACAGCAGAUCAAAGCAGAAAGGGAGAAUGAAGAUAAAGAGGAUGGGGAGAUAGAAGAGAACUUAGAGACAAAUAAGCAAGAAAUAAAGGACCUUGAAAGAGUUGAGGUGUCUGGAGUGCAUAAUAUCCCUGAAAAUAAGCUAAAUAAAGAGUAUCUUGAUGUCCCCAGUGCACACACAAGUGGCGGUCAGCUCGAAGAAAGCGGCAACCCUGUUGUCCAAGAAAGGACGUCCCCUUCAACUAAAAGGAAGUUUGGGUCCAGACGCACUAAUAAAGGCAAACAAGGCCUUGGUAGGCUGGAUGCUUCUGACAUGAGGAAUGAAUUAGAGGAUGGAGUUCAUAAACCAAACAUCUCUGAGGUCGAGGACAAUCUGCACAGUGAUUUAACAGUUUGUGAUCCGUAUCUCGGCUUACAACCAGGGAAUCAACCAAUUUCCCAACCGAUUUCUGAGCAGAGCAAUAUGGAAGCCAGAAAUGAAGAAACUGUUCCAAAAGGCACUGGUGCUGGUCUUGUUUCCUUGGACCAAGCCAUAAAGCACGACAGAAGUACUGGAACGAGGCAGACGAUAAAUUUAAACAGGAAUAGUGAAGUACAGUUUAAUGUGGUCAUGGUGGGAAACAGCUGUGUGGGGAAGACGUCCUUUGUAAGACGCUUCCAUGAAGGGCAGUUCACUGAGGAUUUCCGCUCCACUAUUGGUGUUGAUACCUGUGUACAGACUGUUUUGCUCCCUGAAAGAACUGUUAAACUGCAGAUAUGGGAUACAGCAGGUCAAGAGAGGUUUCACAGCAUCACCACACAAGUGUUCCACAAGGCUGAUGGGCUUCUGCUCAUGUAUGAAAUCACAUGUUCAAAGAGUUUUAUUUCUGUACGAGACUGGAUCUCUCAAGCUCGGGAAAGGGCUCCCGAUGAUGCCAUCAUGAUAUUGCUCGGAAACAAGAACGAUUCUGCUGAACGUGAAGUCCAGAUUCAGGAAGGGGUGGAUCUGGCCAGAGAGUAUGACAUACUUUUCAUGGAGUGCAGUGCUGCAACUGGGGCUAAUGUGUCAGAAUCCAUGAGGACUCUUGCAGAGCUGUUAGUGCAGCGCAAGACACGGAAAGAGGAACACACAAAAUUAAGAAGAGAACCACCACCGAAGAAAUCUGGUUGCUGUUAAAAACACACUCCCACACACAGAGCUGCACUACCAUUCAAAAGUUCUUUGGUCAGUACAUUUAAAAAAAAAAAGAAAUUAAUACUUUUAUUCAACAGUGAUCCUGAAAAUAUAUCACAGCUCCCAGAGACAUUUUAAUAAGAACUACCAUUUUAAACAUUAAUAAUUGAGAAAUGUUUCUUGAGCACCAAAUCAGCAUAUUAGAAUGAUUUCUGAAGGAUCAUGUGACACUGAAGACUGGAGUAAUGAUUGUUGAAAAUGUAGCUUUGCCAUCACAGAAAUAAAUUACACUUCAAAAUUAUAUGUUAAAAUCUUACUGAUCCCAAACUUUUGAAGGUAGUGUAACUCUUCGCAAAAAGCAAAGGCAAAAUAUAAGCUGCUUAUAUAUCGUUGCUUAAGGGAAAUAUAAUUUCAGUGUUUUAUAAAUAUGUACAAAGCACAAUAACGGUUUCAUUUUUUUAAUCACAAAUAAUAAUGUAACUUUACAUAUAUUUAAUAUCUAAGUCCAACUGUAAGUGCUGAGUGGAAGUAAACAUGAAUACAAACAAAUAAAAAAAUUAUACUCUUA